AUGGACCGCUGGCCAGACUGGGCUGGGCAAGAAGUCGGCAAACCAAAUGAAUACUUCAACCGGCAUCUCUCAAACCUAGGCGAAAGGACUGGUCAUAUGCCAUUCCUUCGGGUAGGAGCCAACUCGCAAGACAGAGCCACUCUAGAUCUAAGCCUCGAGGUGAUGAACAAAACCUUUCCGGAACCGACUGAGACUGUCCCCAACCCAGAAGCCGACCACAUCUACAUCGGCCGAGACUUUUACGCCUUAUCCGGGAACCUCCCUGCCGGAACGCCCUUCAUGUGGGGUCUCAACCUCAAGUCCUUGAACCAGACUGAGACUGUUGCUCAGGCCCGGUUGCUUGCCCAGACCUUUCAAGGAGACCGGGCAGACUUGACCAAGAAUGUGCGACUUGUCAACGUCGAGCUAGGAAAUGAGCCUGACUUUUAUGGCUUGACGCGCACAGGUCGCAAUGGUCCCUACGGUGUUGAGUGGGAUGUUGCCAACUACACAACUACUUGGGCACAAUAUGCCGAGGCAGUGAGCAAAGAGAUCGAGUUCGAUCACUCUGGUUCAGGUGGACCUACACUGUCUCCUGGAGCCUUUACUGGUUUUAACGCACCAGAAUGGACACCAGCGGGACCCUUGCAGCUAGGUAUGCUGGAUAAUUCGACCAUUCGAAAUGCGACAACUCAGUUCUCGGAACAUGCAUACUCUGGCGGCUUCGACCCACGCCGUGUUGUCAAUCCCGGCGAUCUCAUGAAUAAGUUAUAUGUGCGCAGCAACAUGACUUCGAAGAUGGCCGGCAUCCAAGCACCAGGGCUGAGCAACACCGUCGAGAGUGCUCUCUGGGCUGUCGACUGGCUCUUACUCGGCGCCUCUUUCGGCAUACAAAGGCUUCAUUUCCACCACGGGGUAGGUUUUAGAUACAACCUGAUACAGCCAACAAGUGACUCCGAUGACGGUCUCAACAUCACUCGGCCCCAUAUUCUUCCAUCAUAUCACGCUUUUUUGAUUGUCAACGAAGCCAUCGGAAAGUCUGGCGAAUCGUAUGUUGCAGAAAUACCGACCAGUAAUGUUACUCUUACCGCGUACGGAAUAUGGGAGCAAGAGCGACUCGCCAGAAUUGUUGUCUUGAACACGCAGGUUCAUCUCGGUGGACAGGAGAAACCAAGCAUCAACGUCAAUCUGAAGGGAAUUGGCCCAGGUCGAUCGAUUACCGUGAAAAUGUUGCAUUCGGAAAAGACGACUGCUAAUACCGGAUUGUGA